AUGAAUUACCCAGCAAUUCCGGAAAGGCUUGAGCAUGGCUGUAAAUUUGUUGGAGGUGAGCUGAAGUUUGCGGGGGCGGUAGAUGAGCUUGAGACUGCGAGUGCGGCAGAUGAGCUUGAGGCUGCGGGUGCGGCAGAUGAGCUUGGGUCUGCAGAUGCGGCAGAUGAGCUUGAAACUGCGGCUGCGACAGAUGAGCUUGAGAUUGCGGCUGCGGCAGAUGAGCUUGAAACUGCGGCUGCGACAGAUGAGCUUGGGUCUGCGGGUGCGGCAGAUGAGCUUGAAACUGCGGCUGCGACAGAUGAGCUUGAGAUUGCGGCUGCGGCAGAUGAGCUUGGGUCUGCAGGUGCGGCAGAUGGGCUUGAAACUGCGGCUGCGACAGAUGAGCUUGAGAUUGCGGCUGCGGCAGAUGAGCUUGAGAUUGCGGCUGCGGCAGAUGAGCUUGGGUCUGCAGGUGCGGCAGAUGAGCUUGAAACUGCGGCUGCAGCAGAUGAGAGUGGGUCGGCAGAUGAGCUUGAAAGUGAGGUAACCGAAAUAUCCGCGCCGGUAUCGACGAGCAAUUUCGUACCUGUUGUACGGUGA